AUGGUUUCUCUUCCUUCUGAACUCGAAAGAGCCAUCGUUGUGGACUACCUCGAUGAUUUUCCGGCCCUGCAAGCCUGCGCUCUCACUUGUGGACGACUCUGCUACUGGGCCCAGUCACGUCUUUUCCGCAAAGUCGGCACGAGCUAUGAAGAGCCAACAAGGCCAAGCCUGACUGGUCCGUGUAUGCGGCGUGCCAACCGCCUUUUGGCCACGCUCGAAAGCUCUCCCCACAUCGUCCCUCAUAUUCACACUCUUCGCAUACACCAGAGCUUUCCUGCUCUGAUCGACUUGUUGGCCUCCCGCGAGUGGCCCACACUGCGAACUCUCCAUAUCUACAGGCUCCGGCUUGAUGACUAUGAAAGCGCGCUCGGUGGUCUCCAGCGUCUUGUCUCUUCCCCACGGCUGAAUAUCCUCGAAUUUGAAUGCUUCCAAUGGAAUCCAGAGUUAUUCUGGAAUGUAAUGGCCCACUGCUCCGCCAGUGUUAGCCAGCUUAUACUCAGCAACUGCUGUACUGACGGUCCGCGUAUACCACUGCAAUAUCCUCGUCUCCUUCUGAAGGCCGUCAACACACCUGCCCGAAUUACCACCCUUUCCAUAAGGGGCGCAGGGGAUGCAUGUACGGUGCUCUUCGACCCUCUUUUCCCCCUUGAUCUGACCCACGUCUCCGCCAUCAACUACUACAACUCUCUAAACAAGUUGUUGGAACCCUUCCUGGCGCGACAUCGCUCCCUCCACUCCCUCCGAUUCGAUGUUCGCGACGAGAGUGUCGCGGAGCUGCCUCUUGACCUCCCUUCUCUCACACAUUUUGAGUUUAAAUUCCCUCAAAGGGCGUUCUUCCAAGAUAGUGUGCUUAUGCGUCUGCCUCUCCACAACAGCGUCGAGAAGCUGACGCUGACGACCUUCCAUAAUCACUGGCAAGAUAACCAUUGGCUGCAAACCCAAGACCGCAUAGCGCGGAGACUGGACGCCCUCGUUGCCCCGGGUCAAAAGCUUGCGGGCAUUCGCAUGGUGGUGGUGGUGGUCGAGGUCAGCCGCCAGCCAAGAACCGUGGACUUCAGUCGCGCUGCUGUCGUCAAAGCCAUGGAAAGUGCUAUGCCCAUUCUCGCCCGCUCGGGCCGGCUUUCCGUCGUUUUCGAGGAUGUUGUGUACGUCCACCCGUGGAAACAGGAUGACAUCGAUAGACGCCAGCUUCGAUACGACUAA